AACAACAAAUGCAGCAAACGCAGUUACAAUUGCAACAACAUCUGCAGUUGCACCAUCAUCAGCAGCGCGCCGCGUCGCUUGUAGACUACUCAAAUUCUCCGGCUUCUCCAAUGGCUUCUCCAACAGGAUGCAGCGGCAACAGUUUUGUCGAACAGCAACCGCCCAUGGAAGGAGUUGGCAGUGAGGUACUGCAUCAUAAGGCUGCUAUGGAAGACUUUCGUGGCCUGCUCGAAACAGCGGUUAAUGAUUCAAGGAGCGGUCAUUCACUGGCCCGCUUCAAUGACAAGCUAGCCAAUGCUACGCAACUAAAGUUCUUCAAGGAGGGUUGGCAGAUGCGCAAUUUUUUUGGCGAGCAACCCAAGUCACCCACUGAAACGCCUCCAGAAAUGGAGGAGACGAUCAUGUCGCCAAGUAUGGAGCGUGUUGAGAACCGGGCUGAAAUGAAGAAUCUGGCUACACUCUGUUCCGCAGCAGCUAUGGCAGCCCAAGUAACAGCAGCAAAUAAGGAGAUCGAUGAAAUUGUCACGGAUAUUGAGAGUGAUGAAGGCGAGGCUGACGGUGAAGAAAAUACCUUGCCACCGGAACCUAUUGAGCUGACGGACACUAUAAUAGAGGAGGAGGUAGUGGAUGAUGAAGAUGAUGAUGAAGAAGAUCCGGAUACCCAAAGCGGUGAAAUUGAUAAGCUUAACUUCGAUGAUGAUGAUGCGGAUGCGGAAGUGGACUACAUAGACGAAGAUGAUGGUAACGAUGAUGACGAUGGUGGCGAUGACGACGAUGAAGACGAGGAUGAGUUCUUCUUAGAUGUUAAUGUCGCCGUCGGCGAUCAGAGUGACACCAACUCGAAAAGUGGCGCAGCUCUGCGGCCAAAGUUACGCAAAAUGUCAACAAGACUGGAGAAUUUAAUAUUGACCAAGCCCGAUGUGUUGUCUCAAUCAUUAUGUGAUUUUCGUCAAGAUCUGUCUAAUUCUGAACUAAUACAUAUGCUUCCCAUUAAGGCGGCAGCCGCCAACAAUGCUGCUUUGAACAGUCUACUCCAACAACAAUUGGCAGCAGCAGUACAUGCCAAGGCUCACAGCCAACAACAACAAGACUCGGAGCAGUGUGAUGAAGGAACACCCACGACUGCAUCUGGGGAGCUGUAUGCUGGCCUCGAACAUUUUGCCAGCGAUGGAGCUGAUGGCGGACAACAUGAUAUGACUGGUGAAAUGGAGGACAUAUUCCUGGAACUGGCCAGCAAUCUGCAAUGUCCAGAACUCGCAGAGUUAAGCCUUAAUCAGAUGUGCAAGGGCAGAUUCACCGGCCAUUGGUCACAGUCGUCUGGCAAAUGGAGUGGACAGGAGCAGCUAUUGGCAGCAGCAGCUGCACAGCACUCACAGGCAUUAUUAAGUGCCGGUGAUGCGUCAACGGAUGCGCAACAGCAGCGUCAGGCGAAUCUCGUUCUAUUGGAUUAUCCCAUACAGCAACAACGUUUGCUUGACUCCGAGGAUCUGCAGAAUAUGCAGCACCAGCAGACAUCAGUUGCGUUAUUACCAUUCUCUGCAGACAACGCCGCAGCUGGUGUUACCACACAACCGCAACAGCAGCAAAUUCAUACAACACUGCCCAACAACGCCGAGUUUCAGCUGCAGCAUCAACAGCAGCAUGUCACAUUGGAAGGUGAUCCAGAGUUAAAGCAGCAGUUGCAACAACUGCACCAUUUGCAGCAGCAGCAACACUCGAAUGCACGCAUUAUUAAAGCCGUUGCCGCGGCAACCGGGCAAACACAGCAAGCCCAGCAGCCCGCUGCCAAUUUUGUGUACAAUGUGGAGAGCGGGGACAAAAAUGCGCCACCAGUGCAGUUUUUGUUCCAGCUGCCACCGGCCAUGACACAACAACCGCAGCAACAGCAACAGCAGCAGCAACUGACUGAUCAAUCAACAGAUCUUCAGCUACAUCAACAACAGCUACUGCACUGCGAACAACAGCAGCAGCAUAUGUUCCAGCAACGCGCUGAGCGACUACUUCAGCAGCAACAGCAGCGACCACCGACACAAAACGAAUUGGAGCAGGUGGCACAAGAGUUGCUGCUGCAGCAGCGACAGCAAUCAUCAGCCGUCGGUUCCGUUGUUGGAGUCCAGGCGAUGCCCAUACCACAGAGCCUAAAACAAAAACACUUCAAUUUGCAGGAGCAACUAUUGCUGCAUCCUCCGCCUCAUAUGCAGGCGCCGACAUGCGUGCAGCAUCAGGUGUCCACACAAACGCAUGCAGGUUCGGUUGUAGUGCCCCAGCAAUUCACUCAGUUUGCACUGCAACAACAGCAACAACAACAGCAGCAACAGACCCCACAACAACAGCAGCAGCAAAAUGAGCUAUCAAUUUGGCCAAUGUCCACGCCCAACACGCCAGCAGUGGGAACAACUACUGGUGCACCCAAAAGUAUGCCCGGUGGUAUUGCUAAGAAGGCAAUUGACAAGCAAUCUCGAAAGGAUCGACGCUGUUCUGGUUUUCGUCAAACACCAGCUGGUAGUCAAGUCAACACCAAUCAACACCAGCAGCCGGUGACAACAGCAACGGCAGCGGCAGCAGCAGCAGCUGCGGCAGCAGCACAGCAGCAGGCACAGCUACAGAAUCAACUGGCUGUUGCUGCCGCUGCAGCCGUAGAUAAAACUAUUGAGAUUGACUCAGAAACGGAGUCGAAUCAUGAUACGGCUUUAACACUGGCCUGUGCUGGUGGACACGAAGAGUUGUGUGAGCUACUUAUCAGCCGGGGUGCGAAUAUCGAGCAUCGCGAUAAAAAGGGCUUUACGCCUUUGAUAUUGGCCGCCACCGCCGGCCACGAGAAGGUCGUCGAAAGUCUGCUCAAGAAUAAUGCAGAGUUGGAGGCGCAAUCCGAACGCACCAAGGACACGCCGUUAUCAUUGGCCUGCUCUGGUGGGCGCUAUGAGGUUGUCGAGUUGCUGUUAGGUGUUGGCUCAAACAAAGAGCAUCGCAAUGUAUCGGACUAUACGCCACUAAGUUUGGCCGCCAGCGGAGGAUAUGUGAAUAUCAUCAAGCUGCUGCUGAACCAUGGAGCCGAGAUUAAUUCUCGUACUGGCAGUAAACUGGGCAUCUCGCCGCUAAUGUUGGCUGCCAUGAAUGGACAUACGGCAGCGGUUAAACUGCUUCUGGAUCAGGGAUCUGAUAUAAACGCACAGAUUGAGACAAAUCGCAAUACAGCACUCACGCUUGCCUGCUUUCAAGGGCGUCAUGAGGUGGUUAGCUUACUGCUCGAUCGCCGGGCAAAUGUUGAGCAUCGCGCUAAAACCGGUCUCACGCCUCUAAUGGAGGCCGCAUCUGGCGGCUAUAUCGAAGUGGGACGGGUACUUCUUGAUAAAGGAGCUGAUGUAAACGCAGCGCCUGUACCUACGUCUAGGGAUACGGCACUCACUAUUGCCGCUGACAAGGGACACCAAAAGUUCGUAGAACUGUUAUUGUCACGUGGUGCCAGUGUGGAGGUGAAGAAUAAAAAGGGUAACUCACCUCUGUGGUUGGCAGCACACGGUGGUCACCUGAGUGUAGUGGAACUGCUGUACAAUCACAACGCAGACAUUGAUUCACAGGAUAAUCGACGCGUCUCCUGCCUGAUGGCCGCUUAUCGUAAGGGCCACACCAAAAUUGUGAAAUGGAUGGUACAGUAUGUGUCCCAGUUUCCCUCGGACCAAGAAAUGAUUCGCUUCAUUGGCACUAUUAGUGAUAAGGAGCUAAUUGAGAAGUGCUACGAUUGUAUGAAAAUUCUGCGCUCCGCUAAAGAAGCGCAGGCGGUCAAAGCCAACAAAAAUGCCUCCAUAUUGCUAGAAGAGCUGGAUUUGGAGCGUACACGCGAGGAGAGUCGCAAAGCGGCCGCUGCACGUCGUCGUGAGCGCAAAAAGAAGAAGAAAAUGGAAAAGAAAGAGGAGAAAAGACGCCAGCAACAGGUCAGCAAUGGACCCAACGGUGGAGACGAUGAUCAGCAAGGCGACGACGACGAUGCCAGCGACAAUGAAAAGGAUGACGACACUGACAAGGAGGAUGACGAUGAGGAAGCACCGCCUGUACGCGAAGAAGGCGAUUCGGGCAUCGAUCAGGGAUCUUGCUCCAGUGGCGAUACCAAAGCCGCGCGUGUUUCGUCUAGCCAGCCUGACAAUGUCAAUGUCAAUGGCAGUGGCACUACCUCGGCGAAGAAGACUAAAAAGCAGCAGCAAAAAAAUAAAUCGCAGCAACAAGUUCCACUCAACAGCGAAUCAGCCGCCCCAUCCCCAGCCGUAGCGCCAGUAGCAUCCACGCCCGUUGGAAAGAAUGGCGUUGCUAUUAAGAAGUUAACAACUGUUGAAAGCGUUAAAAUGCCGUCCAGCAGUAAUCAGCAAAUGGCUGGUCAGCAGUUAAAACGUCAGACGGAUGCCAAAAAGGAGGAACCAUUAGUGGCAACCUUACCAGCAACUUUAUCUGCAACAGCUACCCCCACUGCCAAUAGCAGUAAGAAAACAACUAAGGAAACUAUUAGCAACAAACGUGAGAAGGAAAAUCUGGCACCCAAGGAGACAAUACCAGCGCCAAAGCCACAAACACCUGGCUCUGCCAGCAAGCUCCUGCCAGUUAGCAAUGAAUCCGUCAGCUAUAUUGCAAUUCGGAAAGAUACCGGAAAGUCGACUAUAUCUAUGACUGGCUCUACUCAGGCCAAGCGCACCGAAAUAGACGGUUGGAAAGAGGUCGUACGUAAGAGCAGUACACAGCAAACGGCAGUUGUUAGUUCUUCAGCUGGCGGAAUACCCUCAAUUGGAGCAGGCGGCGCUAGCAGUGCCAACUUGACGCCUAAUAAUUCGGCGACCAGCGUGAAUAGCGGCGGGGUUGGACAGCAUCAUCAUUCGAUAAGCAGUUCGAGUUCAAGUUCGCUAGCUACAUCCGCGCCCGAGAUGACAUGCAAGAAGGUUCAGGUGCCGGUUAAUGCCAUAUCACGUGUCAUUGGACGCGCCGGUAGCAACAUAAACGCAAUACGUGCCACUACAGGCGCUCACAUUGAGGUUGAGAAACAGGGCAAAAAUCAAUCGGAGCGUAGCAUUACCAUUAAGGGCUUAACCGAUGCCACCAAGCAAGCGCAUAUGCUUAUCCUAUCGCUUAUCAAGGAUCCUGAUGUUGACAUAUUGCAGAUGUUGCCACGCAUCAAUAGCAGUAUCAAGGCUGGUACUACGGUUGCGCCGGUGGCUGCAACAAGCAAUAGCUCCACUCAAAUGGCUGUUGGUACUUGGGAUAAUCGCACGGCUGCCGUGAGUGUAUCAAGCGCAACGGCUAUGGGUAAUUAUUCCUCUGCUGCAUCUACAACAUCAACAUCGUCGAGCUCCUCGGCCAGCUCUACGCCGGCUGUGGCUUAUAGCAAUGCCCAAGCCCACAAUGCCAAGCAACUGCAACAGGCUCCACCUAGUGGUGCGAAGGCGCCAAGUGGACGCGGUGGUUCCUCCAAAUCGAAUGCCGCCGGCGGCAAAGCGUCCAGUUCAUCGCGGGGUCAAAGCAGUCGGGCAUACAGUAGUACACAGCAGCAAUCUGCGCGAGGGGGUAUAUCAUCUUCGUCUACCGCUAACGGUGGGGUCUCUACUCCAUCCUCGAAAGCAAAAUUGGAAAAUAAUACGCUCAAGUCGUUAGCUACCUUUUUUAAUCAAAAGAGCUCCGUUGCUGCACAAGGAAAAUCUACACAAAGCUUUGGCAUGAAGGCGACACCAACUGCAGCGCAAUCACCUAAGAAACUGGAGACACUUGGCGGAGUCGGUACCACUAGUGGACGCAGCAGUGGUGGUGGUGUGGUUGUUGCACCUUUUGGGCGUGGAAAGCCUGUAGGCGGCGCAACUGCAUCUAUUUCGCAGCUAGGCAACAGUAACAACAAUACAUUGGCUGGACCAAUUGGUACCUUCAACGUGGCCGAUGUGGCCGCUGUUAAUGCUGCCGCAGCGGCCGCUGCAGCCAGUAACAGCAGCAGCAGCAGCAGCAGCAACAACAACAGCAACAACAACAAUAACAAUAUCAACAAUAACAACAAUAAUACUAGCAACAACAAUGCAAAGCCUCAUUCGGUAACGCCCAUUGCGCCACCCAGCAAGCGCAUUUCCUCGCCCGUACCGCAAAAUAUACAGCAGCAGCAGCAACAGCAAAACCAACAGCAACAGCAGCAACAGCCACCGCAGCAGCAGCAAUCUUCCCAACUGCAGCAACCACAGCAACAGCCGCAGCAGCAGCAGCAGCAGCAGCAGCAGCACCAGAAGCAGCAGCAGCAGCAGCAGCAGCAGCCAAAGCAGCAGCAGCAGCAGCAGCAGCAGCAGCAGCAACAACUGAAGCCAGAACAGCAGCAACAACAACAACAUAGACAGCCGCUGCAGCAGCAAAAGCAACAGCAGCAGCAGCACCAAGUACAACAACAACAGCAACAAAAGCAACAAUAACAGCAACAACAACAGCAACGUCAGCAGCAGCAGCAACAACAGCUACAGCAGCAGCAACUGCAACAUCAGCAGCAGCAGCAGCUCCAACAGCAGCAUCAACAACAGCAGCAGCAGCAACAUUUGCAACAGCAGCAGCAGCAGCAACAUCAGCAGCAGCAGCAGCAACAGCAGCAGCAACAACAGCAGCAGCAACAGCAGCAGCAACAACAGCAGCAGCAUCAACAACAACAGCAACAGCAGCAACAGCAGCAGCAGCAGCAGCAGCAACAGCAACAACAACAACAGCAGCAGCAGCAGCAGCAACAACAACGUUUUACCAGCAAUGCAGGCAUUGCGUUGUCUACUGUGAACACUAAGGCUAGCAAGGCGCCACAACAGAUACUGCCUAAGCCGCAGCAGGAACUGGCGUCUCAGUCGAUGCAGCAGCUGUCGAAGAACAAAAUUAUCAGCAAUAACAAUUCACAAUUGCCUCAGAUCUCGCAGUCGCCUCAGCCGCAACAGGCGCAGCUCAGUGCUGCGUCCAGCAAUGCCAACAACCAGCAGCAGCAGCAAAUUUUGCUGCCUGCAACAGCAGCACAGCCACAGCAAUUGCUGCUCAAUCAGAUGCCCGUGUUGGUCCAGCAGAACCCGCAGGGUGUGCAGCUCAUAUUGCGUCCACCCACGCCGCAGCUGGCUGCCACGUCCUCUCUAGUUAUACAGAACUCGCGCGGACAGCCGCAACUGCAACAGCCAGCACAGCAGCAAUUGCUACGCAUUGUGGGCACCAAUGGCGCCACCAUGCAGCUGGCAGCCGCCACCCCGACAUUUAUAGUAUCUUCGCAGGGCAACCUCAUCCAGCAGACAGCUGCCGCUGGCCAAUUCCAAAGUGCCAUCAAGACCGGCACACAGCUCAGCGGCUUGCAUGCGGCGCUGGCAGCGCAAACGCCACGAUCUCAGCCGUUUACCACAACGGCCACCAUUAAUACCCAAUUGCUGGGCCAGAGCGUUGCGGCUCAGCUGCAGAACCUGCAGCUGGCUGCAGCAGCUGCUGCCAAUAGCAAUGGCAUUGCUCAGAUUCAAAUGCCCAAUGGUCUGGCGGCGAUAUCGCAGCUGCAGCAAACCCUUGGCGGUGCUACCAUCAAUCUAAAUCAGUUGAAUGGCGCCCAUCUGCAGCAGAUUGCCACUGCCUUCCAGACUCCGCAACCGCCACAGCAGUCGACAACGACGGCAGCCGCCAGUGGCAGCGGCAACAGUUCCGCGGAGCUCUUUGCUCAAUCCUCACCAGCGCAUGUGCCCCUGGCUGUUACACCGGAGCCCCUGCGCCAGCCAACGGCACAGCAGCAGGCGGCCAUGGCCACCAUACAGCUGCAGCAACAACAGCAGCAGCAACAGCAGGCGCAAAUACAGCAGCUGCAGCAGCAACUGCAACAGACACAGACGCAGGUGCAGCAGGCGCAGCAACAGCAACAACAGCAGCAGCAACACACGGCGGAGCCCAAGAAGAAGCCUCGACCGCGCAAAAAGAAACCACCGGCGGCUACGAUGGCAACAGCUCAGCAAAAGAUUGCUAUACCUGCCACGUCCACGCUCACAACUUCGCCAGCGCCGACGCUAGCACGAACACCCACGCCGCAAGCUCCGACGCAGGUGGCGCGGUUGAAGUCGCCAUCGCCGCCGCCUACGCAUAUCCAACGCGCCAGCAAUGGCAAACUAGAUCUCGGCGAUGUGAUGAAGUUCUGCGGCAUCACGGAGGAUGAUGAUGACGAUGAGGACUAUGGCAUGGAUGCCGUUACAAACACUGCAUCAGCUGUAGCAGCUGCAUCCAAUAGCAGCAGCAGCAGCACUAGCGGCAACAACAGCAGCGGCCACCAUCACCAUAUUGAGGAAUCACUGCCACCACCACCACCGCCUUUAAGCAACGGAGCAGCGGGCGCGGCAGUCAAUGCAACAACGGCGCCCAGCUCCAACGAUAUCAUGAUCUCCAUACCGAGCCAAAACGGCAGCGAUGGGCUGCCCUUUACGCUGACCAUACCGGCACCAGCGCCGGUCAACGAAGCCACCGAAAUACCAAAUAUCCUCAUUAAGAUUGAUCCAAGCGAUGGCGCGGCUGCAGCGGCCGCUGCCACUGGAUCAACUCUACCACCGUACACGCUGUCAACGCCGCGCUUACCCACAGCCGAGGAGAUACAGCGCCAGGCACAACAGCAUCUCGCCCAGCAAGCAGCCGCUGCGGCUGCGGCAGCUGCGGCUGGUGCCAAAAUUUGCACUAGCAUACAAAGCACAACGCCGGCGCCAACAAUUAGCUUCAGCCUGGGAACACAGUCGCAAACCAUUGGCAAUGUCACGCUGCAACCGGCGCCCAUUGCGGCAAGCAUAACGUUGGCCACACCCACGACAACAACAACAGCGGCUACGCUAAGCUCAACAACUGCUGCAACGACGGCAGCGGUGAAGCCGCGACGCAAACCUGCUGUGCGCCGCAACACCAAAAAGCAGGACACGCUCAACAGCAUAAGCAAUGGCAGCAACAGCAUUAACAAUGGCAAUAUCAUCAGCAAUACCAUAAGCAACAUUAACAACAUAGGCCACAGCAUAAUUGGUAGCAACAACACCACCACAACCACCAUUAGCAGCAGUGGCAACAGCAGCGCCGUCAACACCGUCAACACCAUCACUCUGACAACGCCAGUGAGUAGCAGCAGUGCCUGCAGCUCCAGCAUAUUGCUGCCGCACGGCCUAGGACUCGCCAGCAGCAGCAGCAGCAGCAACAGCAGCGCUAAUGGCGUCAACAACACCACGCCUACAACUGUCCCCAGUCAGAUAGGCAAUAUACAGAUCUCGCAGGUGCAGAAUCAUCAUCAGUCAACGUUGCCCAUCAGCAGUGCUGUGGAGAACAAAAUUCAAAUAAUGCCCAUUCUACCACCUGGAGCCACAGUUAUGGGUGGUGCAGUGCCAUCGGCAGCCACAACAGCAACGACAAACACAGCUGCAACACCGCAAGCGCAGCUCGUAUUUCAGCCAACGCCAGCGGCAGCAACAUCGGCGCCCGAGACAGCCACAAUAAAGCUGUCCAGCGAUGGUCGUCAAAUGCAAUUGGUGGCCAUACCACAGGCCACGCCACCGCCAACAGCGGCUCCAAUGCAAGCUGUCACUACGGCUGGUGGUGCCACCAUAUUGCCGCCACAACUGACGGGCAUGCCGGGCAACGUCUCCAUAUCAGUUGGCUCGCCAGCCUCGGCUGCAGCACUGGUGCCCCAACUGACGGGCAGCUUAACGCUGGCCGUGUCAGAGCACUGCGAGCGACUGAUCUUGCGGCAUGAUCCCAACACGCCGCAGGAUCAUCAAUCACAGCUCAUACUCCAGGCACUGCUCAAGGGCGCACUGCCCAAUGUAACUAUUAUCAAUGAGCCGACACGCAUGGACACUAACAAGCCGCCGGCACCAACUCCGCCACCUCCACCAGCAGCACAGCAACAACAACAACAGCAGCAACAGCAACAACAACAACAACAGCAGCAGCAGCAGCAGUUCCAAUUGCAACAGCCGCAACAUCCACAAUUGCCUACAACAACAAUAGCAGCAGCUCAGCAUCCUCCCAA